UAAUUUUCUACAACUCUUCUGCACUUCUCUCUUCUUCCUUUGAUCCCUCUUAAGCAAAUUAUCAGUUCAAUUAGAUUCGGUUGUUAAAUCAGUAAAUAAGUUUCAGAAUGAUUUCAGUUCAAGUUUUUUGCUCUCUCUUAGUUUCAUUCCUCUUGCACCUGGUCUGGGUUGGAUAUGCAAAGUGCCCACCUUCAUUUUACUGUGGAGAUCUGGGCAACCAAAUUCAGUUUCCUUUCACCACAUCAGAUCACCCAGAUUGUGGCUUAUUGGCCAUUCAUGGCUGUUAUGAAGGAGACCCAGGUGCCAAAAAAACCAUUAAGUACAGUGGAAAAUGGUUUGAUGUAACAGAACUCGACCUGUCUACCAUUACCAUCAGAGACGAUCAUCUCCACGACCUCUUGCUGGUAAAAAGCUGUAGUGUCUUCACCUAUGAUCUUUCUUUCAUCACAAACUCUUCUUUUGCUUCUUAUCAUUUAAAAAAUAAUUUCACCAUGUUCGUCUGCAACAACCGCCUCAAUCUGAAUCCUGCGGAAUCGUCAUUGUACUAUAACCAUCGUUUUGAUAACUGCUCUCAAGAAAUCUUCUACAGAAAGUCACUUUCUUAUCGUGAGGGCUCUGAUGAUUAUUUGGUCUCCAGAUUUUUGAACUCGUGCACGCCUGUUGAUCUUCCAAUCGCGAAGGACGCUGAGGUUGUCGAUAAUCCUUUUGCCUUCCUGUCGGAAAAUAUCACCAUCGGUAUACAGCCAUCUCCUGCUUGUGAUAGUUGUCACAACUUUUAUGGAGGAAAAUGUCAAGCUGACUCCAAGGGCAGGUUUUAUUGUGCUAAAGAGAAAUCAAGAAAGGUCAGAGUUAUUGUGGCAGCAGCAGUUUCAGCCACUGGGGUAGUGGGACUACUUCUGCUUUUGGGAUUCUACUUGAGAAGACGCUUUUACAGCAGGCAAGACCAGACCCACAUAAUAAUUGAGCAGUUUCUUGAAGAACAUGGACACCUUGCAGCCAAAAGGUAUAGUUAUUUGGAGAUCAAGAAAGCCACAAACUCCUUCAAAAACAAGUUGGGUCAAGGAGGAUUUGGCAGUGUGUACAAGGGCAGGUUAAGUGAUGGAACUCUUGUGGCAGUGAAGGUUCUGACUGAACUGAACGGUGAUGGAGAAGAAUUCAUCAAUGAAGUUUCCAGCAUUAGUGUGACUUCUCAUGUCAACAUUGUUAGCUUAUUGGGUUUUUCCUUGGAGGGUUCAAAAAGAGCUUUGAUAUAUGAGUACAUGUCCAGUGGAUCAAUUGACAAAUACAUACAAAACCAGGCAGAUCCAUCAAAGAUCAAUCUCCAACUGACCUGCAAAGCUAUAUACAAUAUUGCAAUCGGUGUUGCUCGAGGAUUAGAGUACCUGCACAGAGGCUGCAACACUAGAAUCUUGCAUUUAGACAUAAAGCCUCACAACAUUUUGCUCGACGAUGAUUUCUGUCCUAAGAUAUCAGAUUUUGGACUGGCAAAAAUCUGUCCGAAGAAAGAUAGCAUUGUGUCAUUGUUAGGCGCGAGAGGAACUGCAGGAUAUAUAGCACCAGAAGUGUUUUCUAGGAACUUUGGUGGGGUGUCCCACAAGUCCGAUGUUUAUAGUUAUGGGAUGAUGAUGUUGGAAGUAGUUGGAGGAAGGAAGAAAAUGAAGAUGGAAGUGGAAGAAGGUUCAGGUGAAAUAUUCAUGCCACAUUGGAUUCACCAGUGCUUGAAAUCAAAGCAGGAGCUGAGAUUGGAGUGCAUCAAGAAUGAGGAAGAUAGAGAGGUGAUAAGUAAGAUAGUGAUAGUGAGCUUAUGGUGCAUACAGAUUGAACCUUCAAAUCGGCCGGCGAUGAAGAAGGUGGUGGAUAUGAUGGAAGCAGACUUGGAAUCGUUGGAAUUACCACCUCUGCCUGUUCUUUCUUUGCCUCCGUCAUCUUCCUCUGGGACUGUUUCAGAGAGUCCUAUCUCGGGCAGCUUCCAUUCUAUAUCACUUUAG